AUGUCGCAUAUAGCAGUGGAGAGGAACAGGCGGAGGCAGAUGAACGAGCAUCUCAAGGUUCUCCGGUCGCUGACCCCGGGGUUCUACAUCAAAAGGGUAAAGCUCUCUAUACCUUGAAGGUCUAGAUUGUUCCUGGGGAGUUCACAGAAGUAGCUCUCUUGUUCGCAGCCUUCAAGAAGCACCGACACGAGUGAAUGUGGGGGCCGGGUUACAAGGACUAGGGGGGGUUCUUACUUGCUUCUUCUAUUUCUUCUUCCUGCUUCUCAGGUUCAAAUUCAUAUCAAGGGAGGGAACUUCGAAGACCUACGAUUGACUGUUUGGUCACUUCGCCGCACUGUUCAGCAAUCCAAGCAGUACAUUAAAUAAAUGAAUUAGUGGUCGAAAGGGAGAAAUGAACCCUAAAAUUUUCUGCCGUUGUUUCGGAGCUUCCUUUAGGCCAUUCCACUCCAGAUCCUUGGAUCCUCUACUCUUUAUCUCAAUAGCCAGCGAGAAAAGAUCCCUAGAGGAUUGAGGAUAGACAUGAACAGACACAGAUAACUGAUGCUUACUGAUAUCUAGCGUUCCUUCUUCGGAAGAAUAGUAUUCAUGAGAACACAAAAGUUGCAACCUUUCUUCAGAGUUUUUAGUCUCGGUUAUUUUAUGGUUUUCAUGAGACAUGCGUUCUGAUAUUUUCCAUUGGAUGUCGUGAGAAGGGAGACCAGGCGUCCAUCAUUGGGGGGGCUGUGGAGUUCAUCAAGGAACUGCACCUGGUUCUCCGUUCCUUAGAGGCCAAGAAGAAGAGGAGAAGGAUCAGCCUCAGCCCCAGUCCGAGCCCGAGAUCGCUGCUGCCGGUCACGCCACCACCUGAGGUACCCUCCUCCGCCGUCUCCCGGGCACUGGAACUCGGCGCCUGCUGCAGUUCCCCGGUGGCCGACAUCGAGGUCAAGAUCUCCGGGUGCAACGUGAUUCUGAGGACGCUCUCCAAGCGCAUCCCCGGCCAGGCGGCGAGGGUAAUAUCAGUGCUCGAGAAGCUCUCCUUCGAGGUCCUCCAUCUUAACAUCAGUACGAUGGAGGACACCGUCCUCUACUCCUUCGUUAUCAAGGUAUGAAAAGGACAUCAGCUUUAAGAGCGUUUCGUCUGACUGCUCCUCUUCAAUUUAACGUUUUUCGAAUUUGAAAUGUAUUAAGUUUUAUAAUCGGAACUGUGAAAAUAUUAAUCAGAAUCGAUUGUAAUGCUUAUUGCAUUAAAAGGGAUGAAAAAUUUCCAAGCCACAAUAUAAAUAAUGUUGGAAUCCCCCACAAACUUUGGACGGCAAGCCUUGGUUUCACAGAAUCUAACAGAUGAUAGUGUUAUCAAACAUGGUUAUCUCGUCUAAUUGAUGUUUUAAGUUAUUAAUCACAGAUCGGCCUAGACUGCAAGCUAAGUGUGGAGGACUUAGCGCUUGAAGUUCAGAAGUGCUUCUCCCAGGAGGUUGCUCACUGA